UAAAAUGGUAGGCAAAGCCCCAGCUGCUAAAAAGGGAGCAGCAUCCGCCCCAAAGUCCAUAUCUCGCUCUGCCAGAGCAGGACUCGUGUUUCCUGUCGGCCGAAUCCUCAGGAAGUUCCGACUGAUGAAUAGUCACAAGUUCCGAUACAGUGCGGGAACUCCUGUAUAUUUUGCAGCGGUGAUCGAGUACCUCUGUGCUGAGAUUCUAGAACUAGCUGGCAAUGCCGCGAAAGAAAUGAAAGUGAAAAGAAUCACUCCUAGGCAGAUUCUCCUGGCUGUCUACAAUGACGAAGAGCUGAACGAGCUGCUGAAGAAUGUGACUAUUCCACAGGGCGGAGUGUUGCCCAGAAUUCACACUGAGCUGCUGCCUAGCCAGAAGGGAAAAUUGCCAGCAAAAGCUGCAGUCCCAGUGGCUCAGAAGACGCCGGCUAAAAAAGUUCCAGCUGCAAGAAAGCCAGUGGGCAAACAGUUGAAUGUAAAGACAGUCAGUGGAAGCAGCGGUGGUGGGCCAGGAAAAGCUAGAGGAGGUGUGGCUCUUCAGAAGCAAGACUCGUCCGUGGUCACAACCUUGUCUGAAAGAAUCAUAGGCGAGACCGGUCAGAAGCUGUCAGUUCUGCACGGAACAAUUACAAGCAUGGUCGCAGACGCAGUUGUGCACCCCUCGGCUGGCGGUUUCAGCUUCGGAGGACAAGUAGGCUCAGCUCUGAUGCGAAAAGGCGGUCGACAACUAAGCGCAGCAAUUGAUACUUUGAGACAGCAAUAUGGAUCGAUUCCCAGCCUGGGCGCGGUCGCAGGUCCCGCUUUUAACAUUAAAGCGAGUUACAUUAUACAUGUCAAUGGGCCUUCGCACGGGGGAACUAAAUGUCACCAAGAUAUGGAAACUCAGAUCCACAAUUUGCUGAACCUAGCCGAGCGGGAAAAGUAUGGGACGAUUGCACUGCCUUGUAUCGGUAGCGGAAAUGCAGGAUGGCCAAAACAGGAGGCGGCUCAGACUAUCUUGCGAGCAAUUCACAUGUACCUCCGAGGAACCCCGAACCAGCAUCUAAAGACAGUGAUAUUUGUUCUGUUCGAUAAAGAGACCCUAGAAAUCUACAGGCAGGAGUUGGGAAAGUUACCCAUUUAGAACCAUGGAACCAAUGAUUAGUUGUCCAUUCCUUUAAAUUUGUAUCUCUUUUCUUAGUGUCUCAACAGUUUUAACAAUCGCACACUUGCGCAGUCAUUUGAUGAUAAUAUAGGUAAUAAACAUUUAUAAAACUAACCUUAUCUUCUUAAUGUUUAAUAAAAUGAUUCUUCUAACCUAAAAAUAUUGCUGAUAAAUUUUAUUCUCAUUUCGUAAAAUAUUAUUUGUUUCCAAAACUUCCAUAAAAUUCAGGCAUUUAUACUUCCUAUUUUAACCCUCUUAGUGUUUGUUUCAUUCUCUUUAAAUAGUAAUUCAUAUCUACAAAUUUGUUCUUACAGUCUAAUAACUGAUAGGUUUUCGAAGUAUCAAUUUCA